CCCAGCUGUGUUUCCAUGAAGAGCAACCAGUCUAUGAAUCAUCCUAUAAAAUUCAAAGAUGUCCGUCCCUCUGCUGAUGCAAGGUGAGGGUCUCAGGCUGAUGGUGAGGUGUUUCUACCAGACUCUCUGGUGGAGGUUCUGGGUUUCUUGCUCCAGGGCCCUUCAGCAGAGUCCAGUGAGGGAGGGAGAGCUCCAUGGAGGACUUGGUGAGACCUGAUGGGACUAAACCAAACUGACUGGUGAAGAACACAGUGAGCUAUUGAUCCUCAGUGGGACCAGCAGGACUAGUAGACCUAGACCACUACAGUCAUGUGGUCCACAUCCAGACCUCACGUCAUGGACCUUUACCUUGUUUUGGUCUCUGUGAGGACGGACACCAUGUGAGAUGAUGCUUCAUGAUUAGAUGAUGAUGUGAUGAUGUAAUCUCAGUGUUUCUUUCAGUUCACAUCAGCAGAGAAGAAAGUCUCCUGAACCCAGAUGUGUGUCCAUGAAGAGUGAUCAUUCUAUUGGUCGAUGGAUUGAAUUCAAAGAUGGAGGCCGUUCUUAUGACCCACAAGAGGACCAGGAGAGCUCAGAGGUUCCCACAGAGUCUGCCCAGCAGCAUCAAACCCACCUGGACUCCAUCUUCAUGCUGCUGGAGGAGAACAUCCUCACCUUUGUGAAGAACGAGCUGAAGAAGAUCCAGAAGGUUUUGAGUUCAGAUUACCCAGAAUGCUUAGAGAAGGAGGAUGAGGAGGUGCUGGAUGAAGAGCAGAGGAGGAGCAGAGAGGCAUUUGUGAAGAUCUCAGUGCACUUCCUGAGGAGAAUGAAGCAGGAGGAUCUGGCUGAGCGUCUGCAGAGCAGACUUUCUGCUGCAGUUUGUCAGCGUGAACUCAAAUCCAACCUGAAGAAGAAGUUCCAGUGUGUGUUUGAGGGCAUCGCUAAAGCAGGAAACCCAACCCUUCUGAAUGAGAUCUACACAGAGCUCUACAUCACAGAGGGAGGGACUGCAGAGGUCAAUGAAGAACAUGAGGUCAGACAGAUUGAAGCAGCAUCCAGGAGACCAGCCAGACCAGAAACAACCAUCAGACAAGAAGACCUCCUCAAAGCCUCAGCUGGAGGAGAAGAACCAAUCAGAACAGUCAUGACUAAGGGAGUGGCUGGCAUUGGGAAAACAGUCUUAACACAGAAGUUCACUCUGGACUGGGCUGAAGACAAAGACCACCAGGACAUACAGUUCACAUUUCCACUCACCUUCAGAGAGCUGAAUGUGCUGAGAGAGAAGAAGUUCAGCUUGGUGGGACUUGUUCAUCACUUCUUCAGUGAAACCAGAGCAGCAGGAAUCUGCAGCUUUGAAGAGUUCCAGGUUGUGUUCAUCUUUGACGGUCUGGAUGAGUGUCGACUUCCUCUGGACUUCCACAACAAUGAGAUCCUGACUGAUGUCACAGAGACCUCCUCAGUGGAUGUGCUCCUCACAAACCUCAUCAGGGGGAAGCUGCUCCCCUCUGCUCGCCUCUGGAUAACCACACGACCUGCAGCAGCCAAUCAGAUCCCUCCUGAGUGUGUUGGCAUGGUGACAGAGGUCAGAGGGUUCACUGACCCCCAGAAGGAGGAGUACUUCAGGAAGAGGUUCAGAGAUGAGGAGCAGGCCAGCAGGAUCAUCUCUCACAUCAAGACCUCACAAAGCCUCCACAUCAUGUGCCACAUCCCAGUCUUCUGCUGGAUCACUGCUACAGUUCUGGAGGACGUGUUGAAGACCAGAGAGGAAGGAGAGCUGCCCAAGACCCUGACUGAGAUGUACAUCCACUUCCUGGUGGUUCAGUCCAAAGUGAAGAAGGUCAAGUACGAUGGAGGAGCUGAGACGGAUCCUCACUGGAGUCCAGAGAGCAGGAAGAUGAUCGAGUCUCUGGGAAAACUGGCCUUUGAUCAGCUGCAGAAAGGCCACCUGAUCUUCUAUGAAUCCGACCUGACAGAGUGUGGCAUCGAUAUCAGAGCAGCCUCAGUGUGCUCAGGAGUGUUCACUCAGAUCUUCAGAGAGGAGAGAGGACUGUACCAGGACAAGGUGUUCUGCUUCGUCCAUCUGAGUGUUCAGGAGUUUCUGGCUGCUCUUCAUGUCCAUCUGACCUUCUUCAGCUCUGGUGUCAAUCUGCUGUCAGGAGAACCUGGACCAAAGUGUCUCUACCAGAGUGCUGUGGACCAGGCCUUACAGAGUCCUAAUGGACACCUGGACUUGUUCCUCCGCUUCCUUCUGGGUCUUUCUCUGGAGACCAAUCAGAGUCUCCUACGAGGUCUGCUGACACAAACAGGAAGUCAAUCACAGACCAAUCAGGAGUCAGUCCAGUACAUCAAGGAGAAGAUCAGUGAGAACGUGUCUCCAGAGAAAAGCAUCAAUCUGUUCCACUGUCUGAAUGAACUGAAUGAUGGUUCUCUAGUGGAGGAGAUCCAACGGUACCUUAGAUCAGGACGUCUCUCCACAGAUAAACUGUCUCCUGCUCAGUGGUCAGCUCUGGUCUUCAUCUUACUGUCAUCACAAGAAGAUCUGGAGGUGUUUGACCUGAAGAAAUUCUCAGCUUCAGAGGAGGCUCUUCUGAGGCUGCUGCCAGUGGUCAAAGCCUCCAACAAACCUGGACAAAGUACGGCCCCGUACGGCGGUUAUUAA